UUAACGACAGACGUGUGUCUUGCCCGGCGCCGGUAUAAAAUCAAGUGUUGGUCGCCGCGCCGACUCAUUCUAAAAGCCGCCCCGUUGCAUGGGUAUCUCUCGAACAGAGGUCAUCGUUUUUGAAAACCAGAUUCUGCGUUGCUAGGUGAAGGAAAACCUCGGGGGGAAAAAGAUGAAGGUUCUUUCGAUCGGGUUUAUGCUGGCGAUGCUUCUCGGCAUGAUCGCUUGUGCUGUGUGUGGUGCGAUUGCUGAUGAUCAGCCGGGAGUCGGUCCGCUGAUCGAAACGUUCCAAAUUGGUGAGCAUUUGAGAUCCGUGCGAAGUGCGGAAGCUGAACCGAACUCCAACAGGCAGAAGUCUCGCCGGAUGAAGAACGCGAAACGAUUCGGCUACCGAGGCUGAAGUUUACUUCCAGUUUGAACCGCAGCACCGACUUUUUUUUCUGUGGUUUCUCAGUGCCUGUGUUUUUUUUUUUUUUUUGUUGCGUGUCCUUGUUCUUUCCUUUGUUUCUCGCGGUCUUCGAAGGUGGUAAAGAAAGGCGGAAGCCUUUUUAGACGCCCCUACUGUUCCGGAAUUGACCUAAAACGUUUUUUUGUCAUUCCGUGAUGGUGCUGUCACGUACUAUAUCUCGCCGCAUAGCUUUUCUGAAUCUGAAACUACUGUAUUGAGUAUUCGCUUUGUAUUCGUGAAUUAAUUAAGGUAUUUCUUCUGAAUUUUGUUGCAAUUUUAAAUCUAUAAAAAAGCUCUAUGCUCACCAUCAAGAAAAUUUACUUUAAAUUGCGGGCUAACAAAAGGAAAAUGAACAAGUUAUGUUCGAUGAAAUAAUUAUGUUCGAUUAUCAAAAUGAAAAUGGAUCAAUUACUUGUGAUAAAAAGCAGAUCAGAGAAUUAGUUCCGCCGGAAUGUGCGCUUCAUCCUAAAGUCAGCCUCUCAAAAUUCAGUUUUUGUAAGUGUCUGUUUGGAAAAUCUUAAAAAUUAUUUUCCGAUUCACCUCUUACUACAGACUCAAGACCUGGUGGGGCUCUUUUUCAGGAAAAAGUAUUGCCUGUUUAAUUCUUUUUAGAUAAACGGCCUAAUGGAAAAUCUGCCCUAAAGUGAAGCUUAUCCAUGUUGGAUUCCAAAGCAUCUCGAACAACGAUGAGAGUUUUUCAGAAGGCCACCGUGGAAUUGUUGAGGAGAAGUUGAGUGUCGAAGGUUUUUACUUUUUAUCUCAGCAUGAAAUAAAAACAUUUCUUGUUAGAAUAUGAGUUCUCUAAUGUAAUCGUGGGCCAUGGUGAAACAAACGCAUCCGGGAUUUUAUUUCCGUUUCUGUAUUCGAAUCUGGCGAGAGAAGGGAGAAAUAGGUUCAUGGCUAACCUUUGCUGUGUGCUGUGCUCGUGGUUGAUUUGUGUUUACGCUCAUCCUUCUCCUAUUCGAGUCGGAUCGCAGCGAAAGAUGCCCUGAGGUCAAGAGCUGGAAUGAGCUUCUCUAUUUGUAAUGCAAAUCAUGGCGUAGCCCACAAUCAAGAAAGCUUUGCGGUGUAAGUCACUCACGUGGCUUCUUUUGCUUUUUCCUCUCACUCGAAGAAUUCGUCGUCUCUGAUGAAUCCUGUCUUCUUUUGAGAUUUUGUGUAUUUUUUUUAAAUACUAUUAGGCAUCCUUGGACGGAGGGUUUUGCUGCGAAUGUGUUUGAAUUCCGAAAUAAAAAUAUAUUUUGACGGCUU